CUAAACGCGCUCACAUUACACCGGGGUUAUAUUGAAUUUUGUAUGCACGAUGGUUCCUGCAGUGCUAUGCUUAAUUGCAGUAUUAGUACUUUCAUUCUGCUUAUUUUACACAAAGAACAAACAACAUAAUUACCCUCCUUGCAUCAGAGGCUGGUUGCCCUGGUUCGGAGUUGCCUUCCAAUUUGGCAGGGCUCCUUUGGACUUUGUGGAAAAAGCCCGAGCCAAGUAUGGACCUGUAUUUACAGUACUGGCUGCUGGGAAAAGACUUACAUUCAUAACACUACAUGAAGACUUUAAUACCUUUUUUACAUCUAAAGAUGUGGACUUCCAGCAAGCAGUUCAAGAUCCAGUCAGACAUACAGCCUCCAUAGAAAAAGACAGCUUCAACAAGAAUCACCAUAUGUGUCAUGCUUUCAUAAAGGAGAGGUUAACUCGGUCCAACUUAUCUGUCUUCUUUGCUGACCUUUGUGAUGAGUUUAAUAAUCAGCUGAAACUUAUGAAACAAGAGGGAUCUGAUGAUCUUGCUGAUAUUGUCAGAUGUCUUAUGUAUCCUGCUGUUAUGAGCAACCUACUGGGUAAAGAGUGCUGUCCAAAUUGUCAGACUGAAAAAGAAGAGUUUAAAAAACACUUCCUAGUGUAUGAUGAAGGCUUUGAGUAUGGAACACAGCUUCCAGAAUUUUUUUUACGAGAAUGGGCUAAUUCAAAGACCUGGCUUCUCACUUUCAUGGAAAACAUUAUAUUUCAAGCUCAGAAAAAUAAACCAUCUAAGGCUGAUGCAAAGACAUUGCUACACCACCUUAUGCUGAAUAUUACGGAUAAAUUUGUCUCAAAUUAUGGGCUCCUCAUGGUCUGGGCUUCAUUAGCAAAUGCUAUACCUAUUACAUUUUGGACGCUUGGAUUUAUUCUCUCAGAGCCUUCAGUGUACAAGACAGCAAUGCAAGAGAUAACAUCAGUGUUUGCAUGUAAAGAUACAACUAACAUCACAGUCACAGAAUCUGACCUUGGAAGCCUUACUUACAUAAAAUGCUGCAUGCUGGAAUCGAUUCGCCUAAGGUCACCAGGUGCCAUAACCAGAAAAGUGGUGCAGCCUCUCAGAAUUCAGAAUUACAUUAUCCCUCCUGGAGACCUACUGAUGCUAUCACCAUUUUGGGCUCACAGGAAUCCAAAACUUUUUCCAGACCCAGAAAAAUUUAUACCUGAACGCUGGAAACAUUCGGAUUUAGAAAAGAAUGUCUUCCUUGAAGGCUUCGUGGCAUUUGGCGGAGGCAGAUACCAAUGCCCAGGAAGAUGGUAUGCCUUAAUGGAGAUCCAGAUGUUUGUUUCUCUAACCCUAUAUAAGUAUGAAUUCACACUUUUGGAUGCACUACCAAAACCUAGUCUUCAUCAUUUAGUGGGAACCCAACAGCCUGAGGGACCUUGCAGAGUUCAUUACAAACAGAUAAAGUAGCACAUGGAAAAAAUCCUGUGGAUUGACUUAUAGUGUCUAUGUUUCUGUAAAAAUUGUGUCAGAAAUUUGUUCUAUCUAGAGCAUGGGUGUCCAACUCUGGUCCUUGUGGGCCACAGUGGCUCCAGGUUUUCAUUCUAACCAUCUUCUUAAUUAGUGAGCCGUUUUUGCUGCUGUUUAACUUGUUUUGCCUUAGUUUUAAUUGACGUGACUCAGACAUUGCCUUAGUUGUUUGUUUUUUUCUUAAUGAGCAGCCAAAAAAUAAUCAGACACAAAACAAGUUGCCACAUGAACAGCUCACCUGAAAAUAAAGAAAGGUGAAGGUCUCUAUCAUGUUGGUUUGCUCAGGUCACCAAAACAUCUUGAUGGUGGUCUCAAAAAAAGCAGAAAAUCAACAGUCUGCUGUGGCAGAAUGAGAGCAGCAACAAGUCCUGACAUUCAGUGAAGGCUUUCAUUAACAGCAACAAUUGGCUUCUCAUUAAGAAACUGGUUGGAGUGAAAUUGGCUAGAAUUUGACAUUCCAAUUUAGCUGGUCAUCUGUUGGCUCGUUUCACAUCUCAUUUCUGUUUGGCUGCCAUUUAACGAAGAAAGAUAAAUUUUAAGGACGGAAUCCUUAAAAACAAGACCAUUAAAAUGAAGGGAAAGGAGUUAAUUAGCAAUGAAAACUGCUCGCUGAUUAGGAAAAGGGUUAGAAUAAAAGAGCAUAGCCACUGUGGCCCACCAAGGCCAGAAUUGGACACUCCUGGCCUAGAGCAUUGGCUCUGCUUCCAUUUUUUUAAAAAGAGCACAUGCCUCCAUCAAUGAAUUCAUAUGUAAGUUCAGUAUAAAAAAUAAUGUUUAUUAAUGUAUUAAACUAC